GCUGAGAGAGGCGUCUCUGCUCUUGUGGGGCUGAAAACAGGAUGAUUCGCUCCGGACGUUUCAGCCCCAACUCCUCUCCCCAGCAGCAGCUCCUUCAACAGCGACGGCUUUAUUUCUCUUCUCAUGUUGCGAAACUUUGACUGUCCUCAAAACAACCAGCAUCUCUCGUCUCCCUGGCAACCAGCGCUCCCUCCAGCUCGCUCGCCACUCGUCCGUCCGUCGUCCACGUUGCUACUUUCCCACUGAAGAGGUUCAUGUGUCGAGGGGGUCCACUGUUGGAGCAGCACGAUGCCGGUGAGACGCGGUCACGUCGCUCUUCAGAACACCUACCUGGACACCAUCAUCAGGAAAUUCGACGAGCAAAAUCGCAAGUUCCUCAUCGCCAAUGCCCAGAUGAAGAACUGCGGCAUCAUCUACUGCAACGAGGGCUUCUGCCAGAUGUUCGGCUUCACCAGAGCCGAGAUCAUGCAGCAGUCGGGCACCUGCCAGUUCCUGGCUGGACCUGGAACCAUGAAAAGUGCCCUUACUCAGCUGGCCCAGGCCCUCAUGGGUUCUGAGGAGCGCAAGGUGGAGAUCCUCUACUACGCCAAGGAAGGCACAUGCCGCCCGUGCCUGGUGGACGUGGUGCCGGUGAAAAACGAGGAAGGCUCUGUCAUCAUGUUCAUCCUGGACUUCCAGGAGUUGGUCGAUCCAACAGUGAAGAAGUCUGGGCUGAAGCAGAGGGUCACCCAGGGGUGGAUUUACUGUCAGAAUCGAAGGCUAAAAAUGCGGCUGCCAGUGCUCCGGUCGCUACGAAGACCGUCUCUCUCCAAAGAUCAGUUUGAAGGUGUGGUGGUGGACUACCUGCAGCCAAACAGCGAGGAUGUGCCGCUGAAAGAAUUCCGUAUUCCAUCCAAGGAGAGCUGUAUGCAGUCUGAGACCGAAGCCCUGAUAGAGCAGGACCGCGACCCGCCAUCCCCGGCGGCCCAACAAGGGAAGCGGCGAUCUCUGCUGACUGACCGCUUGGACCCCAGCAUCUCCUUCCCCAGAGGGCCGCUCCCUCGCAGCUGCUCGAGGGAAAGCGUCCGCAGCCUCCGCCGCGCCUCCUCAUUGGAUGACAUUGACGGAAUGAGAGCUGAGUGGAGCAGUCACCCCGGAGACACCCGAAACUGCAGCAAUCUGAAACCCAACGCUCUGAACUCAACCUCCGACUCUGAUCUGAUGAGACACAGAACCGUCAGCCGCAUCCCACAGGUGACCCUCAACUUCGCCUCAGACCGGAUGAGACCCCCUUCUCCCACCGAGAUCGAAAUCAUCGCUCCCAGUAAGAUCAAAGACCGGACCCAGAACGUCACAGAGAAGGUCACCCAUGUCACGCAGGUGCUGUCUCUUGGUGCUGAUGUUCUGCCGGAGUACAAGCUCCAGGCGCCACGUAUCCACAGAUGGACCAUCCUCCACUACAGCCCCUUCAAGGCGGUUUGGGACUGGGUCAUCCUGCUGCUGGUCAUCUACACCGCCGUAUUCACGCCGUACUCUGCCGCCUUUUUACUCAACGAAGUGGAAGAUGAUCGGAGAACCUGCGGCUACACCUGUAACCCCCUCAACGUGGUGGACCUGGUGGUGGACAUCAUGUUCAUCGUGGACAUUAUCAUAAACUUCAGAACCACUUACGUCAAUCACAACGACGAGGUGGUCAGCCAUCCCGGGCGCAUCGCCCAACACUACUUCAAGGGCUGGUUCCUCAUCGAUAUUGUUGCUGCCAUCCCCUUCGAUCUGCUCAUAUUUCGCUCGGAAUCAGAGGAGCCGCAGACAACGACCUUGAUAGGGUUGCUGAAAACUGCCCGCCUGCUGAGACUGGUCCGUGUGGCCCGCAAGUUGGACCGUUACUCAGAAUACGGCGCCGCCAUCCUCUUCCUCCUCAUGUGCACCUUCGCCCUCAUCGCUCACUGGCUGGCGUGCAUCUGGUACGCCAUCGGCAACGUGGAGCGCACCAGCACGGCCCGCAUCGGCGCCAUGAAGAUCGGCUGGCUGGACAACUUGGCCGAACAGAUCGGCAAACAGUACAACGACACCGACUUGACCUCGGGGCCGUCCAUCAAGGAUAAAUACGUCACAGCACUGUACUUCACCUUCAGCAGCUUGACCAGUGUGGGAUUUGGAAACGUCUCUCCCAACACCAACCCCGAGAAGAUCUUCUCCAUCUGCGUCAUGCUGAUUGGCUCUCUGAUGUACGCCAGCAUCUUCGGCAACGUGUCGGCCAUCAUUCAGAGACUCUACUCUGGCACGGCCCGAUACCACACCCAGAUGCUGAGGGUCAAAGAGUUCAUUCGUUUCCAUCAGAUCCCAGGAGGACUUCGCCAGAGACUGGAGGAGUAUUUCCAACACGCCUGGUCGUACACCAACGGCAUCGACAUGAACGCGGUCCUGAAGGGGUUCCCCGAGUGCCUGCAGGCCGACAUCUGCCUCCACCUCAACAGAACUCUGCUGCAGAAUUGCAAGGCUUUCCGAGGCGCCAACAAGGGUUGCCUGAGAGCUCUGGCCAUGAGGUUCAGGACCACCCACGCUCCCCCCGGGGACACCCUGGUCCACAGCGGCGACAUCCUCACGGCGCUCUACUUCAUCUCCAGAGGCUCUAUAGAGAUCCUGAGAGACGACGUGGUGGUGGCCAUCCUGGGCAAGAACGACAUCUUCGGCGAGUCCUUCAGUCUGUACGGGCGGCCGGGGAAGUCCAGCGCUGACGUCCGAGCUCUGACCUACUGCGACCUUCACAAGAUCCUGCGAGACGACCUGCUGGAGGUUCUGGACAUGUACCCGGACUUUGCUGAGAAGUUCUGGAGCAACUUGGAGGUCACGUUCAGCCUGAGAGAUGCAGACAAAACCAACCAUCAAGACCCGGGCCGGGACUCGGACUGUGGCUACCGCCCGAGCCGGCGCCGCAGGAGUUCGCUGAGACGCCGCAACCGUCCAGACGGCAUGGACGACGAGGACUCGUACCCCGACCAGCCCUGCAAGACAGAGACCCACCCUCGGGGCUCUCACUGGGACGACCUGUGCAGCAGCGGCAGCGUCUGCUCGCAGUCCAGCGACGAGGACAUGAGGCUGAUGGAGAACAGCCGUGCUGAAUUGUAUCCACUAGGGGGCGACAGCAGAGACUACCCUCCAGCAGUGGUCAACCUGCUGCCUCAUAGCAGUGGACCCUCGGCUGGGAUGGGACCUCCUGUGGACCUUGGAGGUCCGCCGUACUCAGCAGCGGCUCCCGUCAGCAUGUCAGGUCUCUACGGCUACUGGCCCGACCACCGCUCCAGCCAGUUCUCCGACAACCAGAGGUGCUCGUCCUCCGUCCGACCUGGUUUCCACCACCCGCCAUGUAUUGAGGACCGACCCAGCGAACUUGAGUCCAGACUGGAGCUGCUGCAGUCACAGCUGAACCGCCUGGAGACCCGGAUGACUGCAGACAUCAACGUGAUCCUGCAGCUGCUGCAGAGACAGUUGACCCCGGUGCCUCCCGCCUACAGCGCCGUGUCUCCUUCCCCUCACCCGCCUCACCCCGCCACCCUGUACAACACGGGCGGCGCCGCCAUCCACAGCGUCCCUCCCGUGCAGAUCGACAGUCCCCCCCCACUGCUGCAGAGUCCUGGCUCCGAUUUCAAGCACAAAUCCAAAGAGUCCAUGUCCAGUGGGAUCCACCUCACCGCCGCCUCUGACGACACCAUGUCCCUGUCCCCAGAGUCGGACCCUCCCCGCCUCCCGACCGUGAACCUGGUGCCUCCCCCUCAGGUGUCAGGGACUGAAGAGAACCUGGGACUGAUGAACGGCAGCCAGCGGUUCCCCUCGCUGCCUGAGAACCUGGAGUGCUCGGCCGGUGUGCUGGAGAUCCAGAGGCACGUCUCUGACCCGGUGCUGCCGGGCAGCUAGGACAGCUCCUCUUCAACAACAGCCCUCUCGUGACCAUCUCCUCCUCCCUUCAAGUUAUUCCAUCUGUUGAUGAAAGAGGUCGGACAUGGGGGGUACAGGACAGCUGCUGGGUUCAGAAGAAGUCGAGGCACAUUUGAUGUUGCUGUCAACUGUGUUGGAAUGGAGACUCCUCAGCGCAUGUGCAGCUUCGAUGACGUCGCUUUCUCCUGUCCACUCCGACAGAGAAGCUUCAGGGGGACGUCAGUGGGAGAUGGACUGAAAGUCAGCAAUAAUGCCACUUGACAAAGUUCUCACUUUGAAUUUCUCAGUCUCACAGAAUCUUUCUUGAAUCUCUUUAACUCAGAAGCUAGGAGCUGCAAACUGCGACUGUGAACUCACAACUUUCUGUCGCUCUCACUGGCAAUGUUCCUCACCACCUGAGGCGGACGCUUUCACAUCAUGAAGUCAGGAACGGUUUCCCCCUCUGGGGGUAUAGCUCAGUGGUAGAGAGAUCGAGAGGUCCCUGGCUCAACUGCAGGUGCCCCCUGACCAGCCGUGAGAGGUGACACCCUAAACACUCCAAUGUCCAAACUCAUGUUUGAGGAGGCUCCUGGAACUCAACAGAGGAAGCUCACCCCACGAUAUCUCACUGUUUUGCACACGAUUCUAAGGGUCUUUGGCACACGAGCGACAACAUGGAGGAGACGUCCUUCCUUCUUAGCGAGUGGGUUUGCACUUGUUUUGCAGGUUAUAUCAAGUUGAAGGCCUUGAAGCGCAUCCUAGGAGCACAGACCUGCACACCUGUGCCGUCCUUCUCAUUGAGGCUCUCGAGUUUGUUGAUGAAUAUCAGUGCGGCUGCAGACAGCAAAGGUACUGGAGCAGAAGAGCAACCAACUCUCCAUGGAAAAUGUCACACAUGUAUCUUCCUCAUUUCCUCACUCUUCAUCCUCUCACCUCCUUCAUCACGAAAGCCGCUGGUUGUCUUCCCCUCCAACUGCCUCUCCUCUCCACGUGUCCAAACCGUUUGUCCUCCUCUCCGUCCGCAAACCUCUCCACGCGAUGCUACUGCAGUGGAACGACUGUGGAACUGGGUUGACGCUUCUACAAGUGUAACUCUGUGUAACCUUCUGUAAAGCACAAAUUCCUGUCGAUUUUAUAGAUUAAAGGA